AUGUGUCAUGACUGGGGGGAGGCCGGUCAGCGGGCGGUCCGUGUGUUGGAGGGGGAGACCAGCUGGCUGUCCUGUCCUCUCUUCUCUCAUCCCACCGUCUACAACUACACCUCUGCCCAGCGUGCCGGACUCAAUCUGUUCUGGUACCAUGUCCCUGCUGGACAGGACCUGGAGCAGCCAAUAGAGUACAGCCAGAGACUCAGUAAAGAGAGAGAGAGACUGUGGCUCCAACCAGCCACCAUGGAAGACAAAGGGCAGUACAUCUGUAUGCUGAGCAACAAGUCGUCAUGCACCAAGAUUGCCAUGCGUCUGGAGGUGCUGUCACAUGAGGAGGCAGGCCCGGGGCAGGCCCAUGAGGUCCCUGUUGCUGUGGCACCCACUCAUGUGGUCAUCCCGUUCCAGGAAGGAGAGACACUCGAGUGUCCAAACCUGCAGGACAUCAGCAAGAUGGCGGACGACCAGCCCACUGUCACUUGGCACAAUGUCAACAGAUUCUGGAACAGUGACCGGGAGGUGAAGAAGGGUCGUCUGGUUAUCCACCUGAUGUUGGAAAACUACCAGGAUCUUUAUUACUGUUUUGUCAGCUACCACCGCCACGGGAAGAACCUGCGCUUCACCCGGGUGAUCAACGUCACCGCCGUCUCUCCGUCUCGGUUACCCAAAGUUCCCAGCAUCUUGUACCCAACCCAGGACCACGUCUACACUGUCAAACUGGACACAGAGGUGCGUUUACAGUGCACAGGAAUGUUUCCAUACUUGGAGGGCCCAUUACACAUUUGGUGGACGGUGGAUGGGAAGACGGUGGAUCAGCUGAGUGACACUCGCUUCUCCAAAACCGACAGGCCGGUGAAGUCUGACUUUGGGGACAGGACGGAGGAGAGCGUUUUACUGAUUCAAGACUUCCAGACUGCAGAUCUGGACCGAAAAUACCAAUGUUCUGUUAGAAACCAGAAAGGAAACGCCACACGGACAGCCACGCUGCAGAAGGAAGAGAAUCUGCCAUCAGUGGAGCUUGGGUGUGGUCUUGGUGUGGUUCUGGUUCUGAUGUUAAUUCUAUUCGGUGUUUAUCACGUCUUCUGGCUGGAGCUGCUUCUCUUCUACCGCUCUUGGUUCGGCACCGAUGAACGCUACACAGACGAUAAGGAGUUUGACGUAUACAUCUCAUACGCGCGUCAGUAUGAGGAGGAGAACUUCGUUCUGUCCACGCUGAGGAGGGUUCUGGAGAACGAGCUUGGAUACACCGUCUGUAUAUUUGACAGAGACAGCCUGCCUGGAGGGACCAUCACAGAUGAGACUCUGACUUUUGUGCGUCGGAGCCGGAGGUUGUUGGUGGUUCUGAGUCCGGGCUAUGCAGCACGUGGAUCCCAGGCACUACUGGAGCUCAAAGCGGGUUUGGACGGCAUGGCGCUGGGCGGCCACCUGCGGGUCAUCCUGGUCCAGUACCGGCCACUGCAACGGCAUGCCUGGGUCCGCGAGCUGAGGAGGGCCCGCGUGGCGUUGGCUCUGGUCCGCUGGCAGGGAGACAAGUCAAACGAGCUGACGUCUUACUUCUGGAAGAGACUGAGGGUGGAGCUGCCCAUGAGGAGGCCAGAAGGGGGAGUGGCAGGGGAAGUGGGUGCGGUCCCUCCGAGGAGGCUGGAGAGUCAGAACAGCACCAGUUCACAAACGGGACUCAUUACCAACACAAUGAAAGAACCACAGAAAGUUCUCAACUUGUAUUGAAGAGCGAGCGAGAGAGACAGGGAGAGAAAAAGGGAAUGGACAGAGAAAAUGGAACUGAAAGACAGACAGACAGAAAAAGAGACAGCUAUAGCUUCAAGAAAACAAUGAAUUGAAGUCUCUGCAAACAGAAAAGAUGAAAAGCAGUUCAUUCUGUUUGGACCACUCAUUAUGAACGCUGUCACUCUCUCUCAUCCAGCGCACAUUUCAUUUACACUGUCACCAUCCAUAUCCAAUACUAUAGUAAGCUAGUCGCUCCUUGAUGGCGUCGACCGAACUGUGGCUCAGAACCCUGUGUGCAGGUCCAUCCUGUUGUGUAGACAGCUUGUUGUUGUGUGUCGGCUCAGCUUGCUAAGAGGCUCAUUUUAUUUGAUUAUAUCCAUUUAUAAGCUAUGGUGUGUACAAACGGAUCUGCAGUGCGAGGGGAAAUGGAGAAUUCUCUACUGAUGUGGUUGCCAGUUAAGCUGUGUUCUCCAACUCACCGAUCUUCAGGACCAACCUUUCAGAUCAGAAAUGUCCAAAAAUCACGAGGGGUUUGAACCGUGUGGUGUUUCAGCUGUAAAACAGGGACAGACCUGAAAAAGAUGCAUUUCAAAAACAACUCUAUUUAGAAUUACCACAGUGGUGUGAGGGUGGCGUGGCGGUCUAUUCCAUUGCCUACCAACAUGGGGAUCGCUGGUUUGAAUACACGUGUUACCUCCAGCUUGGUUGGACGUCCCUACAGACACAAUUGGCCGUGUCUGCGGGUGGGAAGCCGGAUGUGGGUAUGUGUCCUGGUCGCUGCACUUAGCACCUCCUCUGGUCGGUCGAGGCGCCUGUUCAGGGGGGAGGGAAACAGCGUGAUCCUCCCAUGUGCUAUGUCCCCCAGGUGAAACUCCUCACUGUCAGGUGAAAGAAGCAGCUGGUACUCCACAUGUAUGGGAAGAGGCAUGUGGUAGUCUGCAGCCCUCCCCAGAUCAGCGACUGGGGUGGCUCGGAAGAGUGGGGUAAUUGGCUGGGUACAACUGGGGGGGGAAACAGGGGAAAAAAAUCCACAAAUAAAUAAAAUAAAAUUACCAGUGAUUCUAGAAAGAUGUUGCAUGGUAUUUGUCCCAGUAAUUUCACAUCAUCCAGUGGUAGGCUGUAUUCACGCGCAACAUGUUUGGUGCAGUUUGAAGGAAGAUGGUGUGUUUGUACGUUUAGUUAGGUUUAUUUGGGACGGUGUGAACAGAGUUGUGCGGUUUACUCAUGUGUAUGCUCCUAGAACAAAAGCCAGGAAAUGAUGUAAAAUCAGUAGCAAGAUUUUCCAGAAAUGAAGCAUUUCACAUCAUCUGUCCAUGUUUGGCCUAUUUUUUGCAACGUCUGCUCAUUUUAUUUCUGAACGACUGAAACAUCACAUUCUCUCAUGUGCGUUAGUAUUAAAGUAUGUUUCAUACAGACAGAGGACAGACAGACUCAACUCCUGAUUUGGGAUAUUGGGCUAUACAAAUAAACUUGACUUGAGCAGGACUGUAAGAAGCAGUUUGUAAUGAUCAUGUUUACAUGUACUGAACUUUGCUAUAAUGCUUAGUAGACCCGUUUAUAUGCUGACAACAGCAGGUCAGGAAAUGAAUCCCUAAGUCUGCAUGUGAGAAAGCAGAGAUGUCACAACAGACAAUAUUGGACCAUCAUUUCAAUAUGUAGUAUGCAGGACAAAGAGUCAAAAUACUACGUAUUUACAGUACAACGUACUUGUACCAUUAAACAAACAGACUGCAGCACAGCUCAACUGGAUCCAGACCUGCCACUUUGUAGACCAGAGCCCACAUGGAGAAUUCCCACUCCAAAAGAUCAAAACUUUCAACAAGUGUUGAUCGAGUCUGGACCAAAUCCACCAAAGACCCAAAUUACCCACAAUACACUGCAGUACUGGUGUCAUUCUGAGAAAGAUUCCUAUUGGUCAGAAAUUUGAAUCGAGACAAAUUUAACCAGCCAGAUUUUUGUACAGUUAAUUCAUUCAUCUCCUGCAUAAAUUCUAUCGUGUAAUGUCUGUUUAUUCUCGUCCUCCUUUAAACGGACUCCUGAUUGGAGAACGCACUUUGUUCUGUUAACGUCACAUGAUGUUUAUUUCAUACGUUUUAAAAUAAACGAGUUC